AACAAAUAUGGCAGCCUCCAUGGUUUGACAACCGUACAAAUUUGUAUUUCCUGACAAUUUUUUUUAGAACUUCCCAUUGAUAGUUUAUCAGAAGAAUUUAUUAGUUAAAGACGAGCAGUUGGUAUCUGUUAUUGAACCAUGGCCUCAAUUUUAGACCAAUAUGAAGAAGAAUCCGCUAGAGCUGCCUCUGUAAGAGUAGCACCAGUACAGGAACCAAUUGGUCCAGGUUUUAUAGAUGCCAGAUUAGAGUCAGAUAUACCUAUAUUUAGCAAAAAGAAAGUGAAUUUUAAACCACCUAACCCGAUCACACACCUUGUUGUGUGUAAUAAUUUCCUAGUGAUGGCAAUGAACAGUAAUAUAUUACUACGCCUGGACCUAGAACAUCCAGAACAACCAGAUGAAGUAGAAAUACCAAGAGCCGUGGAGGACAAAGUCCAUCAAAUAUUCCUGGAUCCUACUGGCCGUCAUUUCAUCAUUAGUAUGGAAUCCACAGAAAAUUAUUACCUAUCAAGAAAUUCAAAGAGACCAAAACCUAUUGGAAAAAUCAAGGGACAUCACAUAGAUUCUGUGGGAUGGAACUGGCAGAAUGCCAAUGAAUCAACAACUGGUGCUAUUUUAUUAGGAACCAGUAAAGGUUUGAUUUUUGAGACAGAACUUACAGACAAUGAGAAUAGUCGAUUUUUCCAAGGAAGUCUAGAUCAGUAUCUCAAACAGUUAUUUAACUUAGGAAGUGAGAAUGCAGUAUCUGUGACUGGUUUAGAGUUUGAUAGAAUGCCCUGUGAAUCUAUGACAGAGUACAAAUAUUACAUACUUGCUACAACUCCAGGACGUUUAUAUCAGUUUCUGGGCAGUGUAUCAAAGUCUGCAGAGCCUCCAAUGUUUCAACAGUUCUUUGCAGAGUAUGAAAAACAAAAAGCUCCCUUCUUAGAGUUGCCAGGAAAUAUGGGAUACAGUGAAUUAAAACUUUAUUUUCCAAAGUUUAGAGGAUCUGCAAAGACAUUUGCAUGGAUGACAGGACCUGGUGUUUACUUUGGAAAUUUGGAUUUCACAGGUGAAGCUGGACCAAAAUCUGUGACAACUCAAACAAAACUUAUACCAUACCCUAAAGACAGUGAUGGUGAGAAGACACAUCCUAUUUCCAUGGUUUUGACAGAAUUUCAUGUCUUGUUACUAUAUCAAGACAGAAUAAAAGUAGUUUGUGUAUUGAAUGAUCAACUUAUAUAUGAUGACGUGUAUGCAGAUAGACUUGGCAAACUAAUGGGAUUAUACAAAGAUCCACUGAAGAUGAGUAUCUGGACUUAUACCUCACAGAAUGUCUUCAAAUAUAAGGUUACCAGAGAGGCAAGAGAUGUGUGGCAGAUGUAUUUAGACACAGAGGAGUUUGAAAAUGCCAGAGAAUAUUGCAGUGAUAAUCCAGCUCAAGUUGAUAGAGUAUUAACAAAACAGGCAGAACAUCUGUUUUCCAAGAAGAGAUAUGAAGAAAGUGCUGUACUAUAUGCACAGACCAGGAACUCAUUUGAAGAGGUCGCUUUAAAAUUUAUCAGACUUGACAGAAAGGAUGCUUUAAAAUCAUUUAUAAUGAAGAAAUUAUCAUCUCUUGGCCCUCAGGAUAAAACACAAAUGACCAUGUUAGUGACUUGGUUGAUUGAAAUAUUCCUGAAUCAACUAGGUGAACUAAAGGAAAAAAUGGAAGAACAACCAGACAAAUAUGAAAAAAUUCAAGAGGAGUUCAGACGUUUUCUGAAGGAACCAAAAAUAAAGGAAUGUGUGAGUAAUAACAGAGGUGUGGUGUAUGAUCUGAUUGCCAGUCAUGGAAACGUAGAAGAUAUGGUUUUCUUUGCUGUUCUUAUGCAAGACUUUGAGAAAGUGAUAUCCCAUUACAUCCAAUUAGAUGAUUACAGUGGUGCAUUGUCAAUAUUGAGAAAACAAAGUGACAUGGAACUAUAUUACAAGUUCUCUCCCUUAUUAAUGCAGUAUAUACCAAAGGAAACAGUCACAGCAUGGAUUGCAAAAUCUUCAGAGUUAGAACCAAUGAAAUUAAUACCAGCUCUUGUUCAAUAUGAUCAUGAUAAAUAUAGGGAACAGGGUAAUGAAGCAAUAACAUACCUAGAGUUCUGUGUAGAAAGUCUGACUAACAAAGAGAUGGCCAUACAUAACUAUCUUCUAUCUCUAUAUGCUAUCCUUCGACCAGACCGACUCAUCCAGUAUCUGGACAUACAAGGAACAGAUUCAGAUGAAGUCUGUUAUGAUUUGAAAUAUGCAUUAAGAUUGUGUAUGGAACAUGAUCGUAAGAAGGCCUGUGUACAUAUUUAUUCUUUAAUGGGACUGUAUGAAGAAGCUGUAGAUUUAGCAUUAGACGUUGAUGUAGAGUUAGCUAAGCAACAAGCUGAAAAACCUGAAGAUACUGACGAUGAGUUAAAAAAGAAACUUUGGCUUAGAAUUGCCAGACAUGUUGUAGAAAAAGAAAAAGAUGUAAAAAGAGCCAUGGAAUUUCUCCAUGAGUGUGAUUUACUUAAAAUUGAAGAUAUCCUACCAUUUUUUCCUGAUUUUGUUACCAUUGACCAUUUUAAGGAUGCCAUCAUUACAUCAUUGCAAGAAUACAACAGUCAUAUAGAAACAUUAAAAGAAGAGAUGGAUGAAGCUACAGGAAGUGCAGAAGAAAUCCGUAAAGAAAUACAAAGUUUUAGAAAUAAAUAUUCAACAGUGAAGGCGAAUGAUAAAUGUGCAGCUUGUAAUUAUCCAUUGAUGACCCGAGGGUUCUACUUAUUUCCAUGCCAACAUAAAUUCCAUUCAGACUGUUUGAUAGAAGAAGUGAUACCAAAUUUAACAACUACAAAGAAAAACCGUGUGGUAGAUUUACAAAGGAAACUUGCAGAACAUGAAAGCAGUAAAUUACAACAACAACAAUCAAAUGAUUUAUCGUCGCUAAACAUUCCUAAACAUUUAGAUAUAAAGGCAGAAUUAGAUGAUCUUGUAGCAUCAGAAUGUCUUUAUUGUGGUGAUUUUAUGAUAAGAUGUGUAGAUAAACCAUUCAUUGAUGAAGAGGAAGAAGACCAGUCCCAUUCUAGCUGGAAUUAAAUUAAAACAGGAUAACCAUCCUCUUUUUAGCUGGAAAUAAGUAAAACAUUUACAAAUGAUUGAAAAAAAACAGUGGAUAAACAGUUCAAUUCAAUUUAAUUUCAAUUCUGUACUGAUUUGUACAUUUUGAUGCAAUUUUAUUUAUUUAUUGCUAAACAAUGUCUGGUUUUAGUGUUUUCAGCCAUUUGUCAUUUGAAAUUUUGCUGAAUUGAUCCACAAAUUUUUUUGGUAUUGUUUGAUUUUUCCCAUUUGGACAUCAUGAUAAAAGGUGACUUAACAUGCUGACAACACAUAAAGAACACAUGUUAAUGGGUUUCUAGAAAGAGAUAACAAUGAUUAAUCAGUUAUCAUGUAGAAAUCAAUAGGAAAAAAUAUCACAGCAUCAUGUUGAAUACAAUAUUUUACAACUCUCAGAAGUUUAAUCUUCAAAUACUGAUAAUAAUGUCUGAAAAUAAAGGCUCAAAAAGCCAAUUGCACUUUUAUGAGUAAAAGAGAGAAAAAUGACAUUAAAGGUCUAUAAACACAAUAGCUCCUAUGGAGCUUUCCUUAGUUGAAGCCAUAUCAAUUUGUGUAUCAGAGGAAAAAAUUAAUUGCAUUGGCAUUAUCUACUUUUUAUUUGUCCUUUUAAACAUUCUUCUUCUUCAUUCAUUUCAAAUAUUUAAAAAAAAAAAUAUUGUUUCAGUUACAUUGCAUUCAGUUGUGAAAUAUGGAAUAUUUGUUUUUAAUAAUUUAAUUAAAUAGCAAGGUUUGAUUUAAACUUAAAAAUAAUAAUGAAAAUUACUCCUUACAAAAAUUAACCAAAAUAAUAAUGAAAAUUACUCCUUACAAAAAUUAACCAUACAUUUUUGUAUAGAUGAAGGAUUCACUGACUUGGAAGAAGAAUUGCGUACUUUUUUGCUGUAGGCUGAGCCAAAUAUAAUGAAUAUAAUGUUUGUAUUAAUACGGUAAUGUUUUUGUUAUGAUUGUUUUGUUAUAAUCUAUUAUGUUAUGUGCAAUACUCAUUUGAUAAUGAUAAUAAAAAUCCAAAAAAAUAAAUGAUUUAUGAAUUACAAUGAGAAUGAAUGAGAAAAAAGUUAAUCACCAACCAAUCAAAACAGUUUAACGAAAUAUUGGGAGAGACUAUUCAUUGUUUUAAGUUGUUUAUGUUUAAGCAUAAUCUUUUUUGAAAAUGGUAAGUAGAAAUAAGAAGAUGUGGUAUGAGUACCAAUGAGACAACCUUCCAUCCAAGUCACAAUGUGUAAAAAGUAAACAAUUAUAGGUCAAAGUACGGCCUCCAACACGGAGCCUUGGCUCACACCGAACAGCAAGCUAUAAAGGGCUCGAAAAUGAAUAAUGUAUAACAAUUCAAACAGGAAAACCAACGGUCUAAUCUAUAUAAAAAACAAGAAACACUUAAGAACCACACUUCUUAGUAAUGAUAAUCUAUCUGAUAAAUCACUGCAUUUUAUAAACAUAAUGUUAAAUGAACAGACUUAUAAGGGACAAACAAAAUUACCAACCCUCAUCCUAUGUAAUACUGUGGAUUCAUUUAUUUUCAUGGUUUGAGGAAUAUUUCGAUUCAGCCAUGCUGGAUCUAUGUGAUCACUCCGGAUUUGGAGAUGGUGCAGAAUUAGAAGUUGAAGACAUAUCAUGAAACUAAUUAUGUGUUUUUAUGACUUGCAGAAACUUUAUACACAAUUUUAGUUAACUAUUGCCAACUUUUGACAUGUUAUUUGCCCUUAAAUCAAGAAAAGAUUGGUCGAAUAGCUCCUGUAUCUUAGAUAUACACUUGCAUAUAGUUCCUUUAUACAUCAAAAUUUAUAAUAGAUUACUAUUUAUUUUGAAUUACUAGUAAUGUGAAAAUGUAAUAUAUCAAAUUUGAGCAGUUGAUGAGAAUUUUGAAAGUAUUUUAUCAGUAUCUAAGACUUGUGUAAGUAAUUGAACAACAUGUGGUACAAGAUGUGUAUUGAUAUCAAAGUUGAUUCUCACACUUUUUUGAAAUGCUAUUAUUUUAAUUCUUUUCUUAGGCAAAUAAGAGAACUAAUUGACAACUGUCAUUGCUUACAAAUAUUUCACUCAAAGGUGGAGUAUUAAUUGGAAUACCCUCCACUUUAAUGUCAAUCUUAAUUGAUCAGUUUUGAUAUCUCUUUUAUUACACAAUAAUAUUGACCUCAAUAGUAUACCUAUAAUCACUUUUGAUCUACACUACAUAAAAUUAUUCAGUGAAUUAUCUCUCAGAGAUGAAUAAUUAACGAUAAAAAAGAUGCAUUUUUUGAAAGGAAAAGAAAAAAAAAUAUGUACGAAAAAGUGCAAGCAGGAUCUAUUUUACUUGAAAAAUUAGUGUUAAAAAUCAUCUGAUAUUAGUCAAAAUUUUUGGUUAAUUUAAGUUUCAAUUAUCACUAUUUAGAUUGAAACAAUAAAAAAAAUUGCAUAACUCUAAUCUGGAGAUUUUCUGCAAUAAGAUUUUUUUUUUGUUUGUUUUUUUUUUGGAAAGUAAAUAUCUUUUAUUACAUAUCUGCUGUUUUAACAAUUUACUCGGAUCACAGCGUUAGCACAAGUAUCCCUGUUAUUAGUUACUGAAUCUCCUGGGAAAAAGCUCAGUAAAAAGUAAUCAAUUAUUAUCAGUAAUAACAUCAACAUUCUUUUAAAUACAGUGUAUACAUAUCCGUGUUGAAGACCGUACUGUGACCUAUAAUGGUUUACUUUUAUAAAUUUUGACUUGGAUGGAGAGUUGUCUCAUUGGCACUCAUACCACAUCUUCUUAUAUCUAUAUAAAAUUUAUUUGUUAAUAUUGCUAUUUAACAGUGUAAUGUAUUUGUACAUGUAUAUUUGAAUACAGGAAAUUAUUUUUCUCAAUGAAGAAUGAACACCAAUUAAAAUAAAAAAUUGUUGGUAUAUAA